GUCCACCUACAGGAUAGUGGGUGAGCGAACUCUACGCCAACAUUCGCAUGCCCAAUUCCGCCGCAACCUACGCGAUGCCCUCCUCCAUAACUCUAUUCGUGUUCGCAAGCAACAUACAGUAGAAGGAGUGAAAGGAAUAAUGGACAUAGUAUGGCAGCCGGUCAAGGAGCAUAAGCUAGCUAAGGUGUUUAAAAAACAACACCUCUGCGCUGCCUGCAAGGAGGCAAGGCGUACUACUACAACACCACACUAUGGGGCUCGGAAGCCACUUGCGAAUCUAUCUAUCAACACCACAAGAAAGGAAAGAGGCGAUAGUCAUGGCUGGAAGCGUCGUAUAAGGACGCCUCGGACGAAUUAUGGUUGUACAGUUUGUAUGAUUGCAUUCUGUACAGGUUCACAGUGUUGGAGUGAACAUCUAGCAAAGCUCAACUCCAUAGAAUAGGCCUGUAUAGCUAUCUACAAGCAAUUCGAAUAGCCUCAGGUCAUUGUAAUUCUCAUCACGGAGGAAGGAAUCAGAGCCUCUUAUUGGCCGCAGCCUUAUCGAUAACGUAGGACCCAUUUCAACG